UUAAAAAUUAAAAAAAAUAAUAAAAAUCGAAAUUUACUAGAAAAAUGCAUCACAGUAAUUCCGGCAUACGUUGUUUCCAUGCUUUCUCGUUCUUUCCUUUAGAAUUGCUCUCGAUUUCUCAGAUUUUCUUAAAUCUACACGAUGAUCUUCGGCUUUUGUAGAGUUGUUUAAACACCAAUCAAACUGAAAUCAUACAUUUCUUGCGAUUAAUCCGUGUAGUCUGAAGCAGAUCCUGUCGGAACAAUGUCUUAUGCUUACCUCUUCAAGUACAUCGUCAUCGGUGAUACUGGAGUUGGGAAAUCGUGUCUUCUUCUUCAGUUUACGGAUAAUCGAUUCCAGCCUGUUCAUGACUUAACUAUCGGGGUCGAAUUCGGAGCCAGGAUGAUAACCAUUGAGAAUAAGCCAAUUAAGCUGCAGAUUUGGGAUACGGCCGGCCAAGAGUCAUUCAGAUCCAUCACGAGGUCCUACUACAGGGGUGCUGCUGGUGCCUUGCUCGUCUAUGAUAUCACCAGAAGGGAAACUUUCAACCACUUAGUUAGUUGGCUAGAAGAUGCGAGGCAGCAUGCUAAUGCAAACAUGACAAUUAUGCUAAUUGGUAAUAAGAGUGAUCUUGCUCAUAGAAGAGCUGUGAGCACAGAGGAGGGUGAACAGUUUGCAAAGGAGCACGGUUUAGUCUUCAUGGAGGCAUCUGCCAAAACUGCCCAGAAUGUUGAAGAGGCAUUCGUAAGGACCGCAGCAACCAUAUUCAAGAAGAUUCAGGAUGGAGUUUUUGACGUUUCAAAUGAGUCUUAUGGAAUCAAAGUUGGAUAUGGGGGGAUACCAGGACCAGCAGGAGGCAGAGAGGGAUCAUCUUCCCAAGUUGGCGGCUGUUGCAGCAAUUGAACCUUGAACCUGUAGAAACUAGCUGACUUCAAUCUGUCUGUGCCUCAAUUUCAAUUUUUUUCUUCUAUUCUUCUUCAUCAUUUCUCAUGUGCUGCAGUGAAAUGUGAAUAUUGGAGCAAGAAGCGUCUGUGUUAAAGGAAUAGCCAGGUUCCGUGAAUGCUAGGCUAUCAUCAAUCUGUGCUGUCAGUUCAAUUGUAAAUCAACAUUGAUUUGAAUUCAUUAGUUCAUGCGGUGAAAGAACCUUUUGCUUCA